CUGAUGACUCAGUUCAAUCUUUUCUACUUACUGAAAAGGAAGUCUGAUGAUUUAGUUACUGACUGUCCUUGCAUUGUUUUUUAAAGAUUUGGAGAUAGUAAAUCAUGUUCCCGUUUAUGCUCUUUUCCACUCUGUUUUCUUCCAUAUUUACUGACCCUGGGGAGCAACACUGGGUCUGCAACUCCUCUGAUGUGAGUGUGUGGUACACCUACUGUGAUAACAUGAAAAUCCCUAUUUCAAUAAAUGUUACCCCCUGUUUAGAAGUGAAGGGAAGCAAGGGAUAUUUGCAUAUUUCGUACAUUCCAAGAAGAGACACAGAAGAUUUAUAUUUCAAUCUAUAUUUAUCUUUUAACUCCUUGAAUUUUCCAAUGCGCAAGGAAUUUGUUUGCCGGGGAUCUGAUGCCUAUUAUUCUUUUUGCAGAACUCUGAAGGGAGAGACUGUGAAUACAAGCAUACCAUUCUCCUUCAAGGGAAUAUUGUUCUCUAAGGGGCUGUACAGAUGUGUUGUAGAAGCCAUCACCGGGAAUACUGAAGAAAUGCUCUUUUGUUUGAAUUUUACAAUCAUACACCACCCUAAUUUCAAUUAGAAUAAAUCGAAUAUAUUUUUAUUUUUCAAA